AUGGUUGCCUCCUACGAGGCUCUGCAGCAUGAAUCAUAUCUUGUUAGACAUGAGAGAAGUCACACAGGUGAGAAGCCGUAUUCCUGUUCUGAGUGUGGGAAAUGUUUUACAUAUAAAUCAUAUCUUGUUAGACAUCAGAGAAGUCACACAGGUGAGAAGCCGUAUUCCUGUUCUGAGUGUGGGAAAUGUUUUGCAUGUAAAUCAGGUCUUGUUAUACAUCAGAGAAGUCACACAGGUGAGAAGCCGUAUUCCUGUUCUGAGUGUGGGAAAUGUUUUUCAUCGACAUCACAUCUUGUUAUACAUCAGAGAAGUCACACAGGUGAGAUGCCAUUUUCCUGUUCUGAGUGUGGGAAAUGUUUUACACGGAAAUCAGUUCUUGUUAUACAUCAGAGAAGUCACACAGGUGAGAAGCCAUAUUCCUGUUCUGAGUGUGGGAAAUGUUUUGCACUGAAAUCACAUCUUGUUCCACAUCAGAGAAGUCACACAGGUGAGAAGCCAUUUUCCUGUUCUGAGUGUGGGAAAUGUUUUUCAUCGACAUCACAUCUUGUUAUACAUCAGAGAAGUCACACAGGUGAGAUGCCAUUUUCCUGUUCUGAGUGUGGGAAAUGUUUUUCAUCGACAUCACAUCUUGUUAAACAUCAGAGAAGUCACACAGGUGAGAAGCCAUUUUCCUGUUCUGAGUGUGGCGAAUGUUUUUCAUGGACAUCAGAUCUUGUUAGACAUGAGAGAAGUCACACAGGUGAGAAGCCAUAUUCCUGUUCUGAGUGUGGGAUAUGUUUUACACAGAAAUCAGCUCUUGUUAUACAUCAGAGAAGUCACACAGGUGAGAAGCCAUAUUCCUGUUCUGAGUGUGGGAUAUGUUUUACACAGAAAUCAGCUCUUGUUAGACAUGAGAGAAGUCACACAGGUGAGAAGCCGUAUUCCUGUUCUGAGUGUGGGAAAUGUUUUGCACACAAAUCACAUUUAGUUAUACAUCAGAGAAGUCACACAGGUGAGAAGCCAUUUUCCUGUUCUGAGUGUGGGAAAUGUUUUACACGGAAAUCAGUUCUUGUUAUACAUCAGAGAAGUCACACAGGUGAGAAGCCAUAUUCCUGUUCUGAGUGUGGGAAAUGUUUUGCACUGAAAUCACAUCUUGUUCCACAUCAGAGAAGUCACACAGGUGAGAAGCCAUUUUCCUGUUCUGAGUGUGGGAAAUGUUUUUCAUCGACAUCACAUCUUGUUAUACAUCAGAGAAGUCACACAGGUGAGAUGCCAUUUUCCUGUUCUGAGUGUGGGAAAUGUUUUUCAUCGACAUCACAUCUUGUUAAACAUCAGAGAAGUCACACAGGUGAGAAGCCAUUUUCCUGUUCUGAGUGUGGCGAAUGUUUUUCAUGGACAUCAGAUCUUGUUAGACAUGAGAGAAGUCACACAGGUGAGAAGCCAUAUUCCUGUUCUGAGUGUGGGAUAUGUUUUACACAGAAAUCAGCUCUUGUUAUACAUCAGAGAAGUCACACAGGUGAGAAGCCAUAUUCCUGUUCUGAGUGUGGGAUAUGUUUUACACAGAAAUCAGCUCUUGUUAGACAUGAGAGAAGUCACACAGGUGAGAAGCCGUAUUCCUGUUCUGAGUGUGGGAAAUGUUUUGCACACAAAUCACAUUUAGUUAUACAUCAGAGAAGUCACACAGGUGAGAAGCCAUUUUCCUGUUCUGAGUGUGGGAAAUGUUUUUCAUCGACAUCACAUCUUGUUAUACAUCAGAGAAGUCACACAGGUGAGAUGCCAUUUUCCUGUUCUGAGUGUGGGAAAUGUUUUGCACACAAAUCACAUUUUGUUAUACAUCAGAGAAGUCACACAGGUGAGAUGCCAUUUUCCUGUUCUGAGUGUGAGAAAUGUUUUUCAUCGACAUCACAUCUUGUUAGACAUCAGAGGAGUCACACAGGUGAGAAGCCAUUUUCCUGUUCUCAGUGUGGGAAAUGUUUUGCACGGAAAUCAGUUCUUGUUAAACAUCAGCGAUUUCACAGAUGAGAAGCCAUUUUCAUGCUGUGAGAGAAAUAAAUCUGCUCUUGUUGAACAUAUUAGACAUUACCCAAGUACGGAACCAUUUACAUCUUCUGGAGUAUAAUUAUCACUGCCGUCCAAUGUUCCUCAAGGGUGAAUCCGAUCUCUUAUGCUUUAUAAAAUAUACAUGCUACCACUGGGUGAUAUAAUCAGACGUCAUGGCCUGGUAUACCACUGCUAUGCAGAUUGCCUGCUUUUUGCACCAUGUACUGAGAACGUAAUACCAAUCCUAAAUGGUUGUCUAGCUGAGCGCCUGGGGUUGAUGAUGCCAGUUGGCUGUGACUCAGUCUUUGUGAAACAUAAUAGAAGCUCACCAACAAAGGACAAGACUACAGCUUUACCAACCAUCUGGAUUUUUGCUUUGGUGUUCAGAAUUGCAAAAUACUAAACAUGUGCUGAAUCUUUGUGUUGUCCUGGUAUGUGGCUGACACAGACAUCCGGUAUCUGCCACAUACUAAUCCUAAUUCUUCCAUCUGUGGACCAUAGCCAGAAUCAAGCACUUGAUUCCCUCAGAAGUUCAUAGACUACUGCAAUGCCAUCUACCUGGGUCACCCAGCAAAAGAAUUACAGAGCUUGCAGCUAGUACAGAAUGCAGCAGCAAAGCUGUUACCUAACCAGCUCAUUCCUGCCACAUAACACCCAUUCUCUACUCCCUUCACUGGCUGCCUGUAAGAUGACAAAUCUAUUUCAUAAUUGGCUAACUGACCUUCCCAGCCCAAUAUUACAUGGUCCAAGGUACUAGAAGCAGCUUCUGCCUCCUUACUGCCCUGCUUGCUUGCUUGCUUCUACAGAUGGACUGUUACCAGCAGUACCAAGAAUCUCCUGUCAUUCAUUUAUGGGUUGAACGUUUAGCUUUGACCAUGGAACUCACUGCCUUGCACAGUCCAAGAGGCCUCCACUCUAGAGACCUUCACAAACAGACUGAUGACUGUUACUCACGCUUUUCAUUAAUGUACCUCUAUUUACUUCCUAAAUAAUACAUCCCAAAUGCUUAGGUCUUUUUUCUGCUGUUUAUUUUGUAUCUUGUGCUUUAUGUAAAUGUGAAUGUCUAAUACCAGUUUGCACAAUCUGUAUUGCUGCACGACAAUAUGGCGGCCAUUGGAACGUGUUUUCACUUCUUCUAGUUUGCCUAACUUGUUGCAGACACUCAUCUUGAUAAGGAGUGUCUGAGUGUUUUCAGAUACAAGAUCCUGUCCAUAUAUACCCUGUACAUUAUCAUGUGCAUUAGAGUCACCCGGGUUCCAUCUGCGGUGGUUUGUUGUAUGUUACAUCUAUAUGGUGCGGAUACUCCCCUGUGUUUCAUAAUAAAAGCUUUUGUUUGCAUCUAAUUAUUACAUUAAAGCUUUUAUUUUUUAUUCUG